AUGAUCCAUAGAAAACUCAGACGCAAAGCACAUGCGCUGUUCAUGACCCUGGUUGGAAUUGGUGCGCAGAAACUGGAGCUGGCGACCAGCUGGCCAGAGCUCGGCCUCAUUGUCAUCCUGCUGCUGGUCAUGAUCUACAUUGUUGUCAAGGUCUCUAUCAUCAUCCGCUGGUGCUUCUACUGUAACCUCAUCGCCAAAAUUGUGGUCAUCGUCUUGGCCUUCCUUGAAGGUGCCACCCUCAGUGUCGUUUUUUUCCUUCGUGUCGCCUACCCAAGGAUUGUCCUGCGGGCCAAAUGGGUCAACAGCCGCAUGUGGUGGAGAAUCAAGGAGACCCCACUACCCCUGUCAAAGAGUGUCAACUAUCGCACCGUGAUGUUUUCGUAUGUCUCCUGGGAUCCUGAUGAGUACCGCCUUUCCAGGAGCUCAGUCUCCUAUGUCGGCGAGUUUGACGAUCAAGGUCGCCCCCAUGGUCUUGGUGAAUGGACCGAUCACACUUUUAUCGGUGAAGCCCUCCAAGGAAUCUGGGAGCAUGGUGUGCCGGUCGGACCUUUCAAGAGUCAGGAGUAUGGAACUGGCAACGCCUUUUGCAACAUCAGGAUCGGAUUCUGCAAGAACUCCAUCGACAAGAACGACUCGACCGCAUUCAAAGCAGCUCGCGACCCCAACGGACCUUCCUAUGGAGCAGCAGCAGUCGAGUGCUCCGUCUCUGGCAAAUUUUUCCACCACUUGCCGUAUGUCAAGAUCAUUGGAGACGGCGUUCUGAGAUCGGAACUGGAGCAAAAGGCAAAGGAUGAUCUAGAAGCGCCGACUAUACCUCUUUCAUACCCACUCUCGUUUCUCUCCACAUUUGUUGAGAGUCUUCAGAGUCGUCCUUCCAUCCGCGGCAGCUUUCAUGGGACGGCGUCACCCCGCAGCGCACCCCUCUCAAAGUCAAUCGUCGUUCGGUACACAGACAGGGGCAUUUUCAUCCCAGGAUACAUCAUGAGCAGAAGGGGAACCAAUGUCAACGAGGUCUCGAUCAGGCGCAUCUGUCCGCCACAUCUCGGGCUGGAAGGCGAACACCUGGGGCAUGGCGAUGUUCACGACUCUGCACCAGGAAAUUCAAAGACAGUCCCUCUGUCCACAUUACUCUUGCCCUCACGUCAAGAUGGGUCGAGCUCUGCCAGUGUUGCCAGCGAUGACUCGGACUCUGGGGUCGACAGACAGGGGAUCCACAGAAUUUCGUCUUCUGGGAGUACAGGAAGCGAUCAGGGUCGCUCGAUGGACAAGGCCAGGAAGAGGCGACUCACGCAGGCUGGACUGGCGGUUGAUGGAUGGCGUCAAGUACUCGACAUCGAUGGACGUUCUUCCUCAGCAGUCGCUGCGUCUCGCGCAGGAUACGAAGCACUCAUCUUUGUCCACGGAUAUAACUGUGCCUUAAGCUACGGCAUUGGACGACUUGGUCAGCUCUUGGCGCUGGGAGAGUUCCCAGCCUAUAUCAAACCAUUCGUCUUCAGCUGGCCUUCGUCGACGACCAUGGGCUAUUUCACAGCAAAGUCGGUCGGCUGCUCUGACGAUGUCGCCAACGAUCUUCGACAGUUUAUUAUCGACCUCAGGGAGGCAGGCUUUCGACGAGUCCAUAUCUUGGCACACAGUAUGGGUGCACGUAUUGUUCUGUCGGCACUUCGGAAGGACUACUUUGACGGUGUCCUGGCAGAGCGCGAGGUUGUUGAUCCAGAGCAGUCGAUCAUUUCCAAUGAGGACAGCAAGACGCACCUGCAGGGGCGCAAGUCGGUCAAAUAUCGGGAUCGUCCACGACAGCGGACCAGGAGUGGCCACAGUUUGACGGAGGAAGAGGAUGUCGGUACCAUUCAACUGGCGACCUUUACACUGCUCAACCCUGAUGCGGACCUGGAUACUUUCUUGGAGGAGGACUAUUGGACGCUGUCCAAGUACUGUCCACAUAUUACUCUGUAUGCAGAUGCACACGAUGGUGCGUUGUUUUGGAGUGAGGUCCUUGGACGAAAAAAGUCACUGGGAAGGCAUCCUCGGACACUGGUGUAUUCGCCCACGGGGGAGGUGUUGGAUGUGGAUGUGAUUGAUACGACCAGUCUGGAUGUCAACAUUCAUUCGAUCCGCCACAACUUUUUCAACUUGAACCGUAUGCUAGUGGACGACCUCUAUGAUGUGGUUGUCCUUGGUCGUCGCGCCACCGAGCGUGAGGCCAGACUUUCGAGCCGGUGGACCUUUGCCGAUGACGGUACCGAGAACGGUGAGUCGUCUCUUCAAUCCGGUAAGCGUCCUAUCUUCUAUUGA